CACUGCAACGACAACGUUUAGGGUUCAUCAUGAGCUAGCUAAGCUAACGCUGGUCACGUGCAAGUCCACCAUUGUAGGAAUAUUUAAUUCUAGGCACCACGAUACAGCGAAGAAUCCUUCCUUUUUUUCUUUUUUUCUGAAAAAUCCAAAUUUUAGUCUACAGUAUUUUCUAGUUUCUUUCUGUCAUACCAAAUUUAAUUUAAGUAGGAAAACCUAAAACCCUAGAAUUUUUUUCGAAUCUUUAAUUUCAAUCGUUUUGAGUAAUCAAUAUCAUUGUUGGGCAAUUAAGUUUAGCUGACUCGAAUCCUACCUCCCUCUCUCCGCUACUUGAGAAAAAUCAGAUACCGAUUUUGAAUAUCUGAUUUCGUUGAUUGAUUAUUGUAACUUUCCAAGUAUGAAAGAAGGAAAAUCCCUAAAAUUGAACGGCCAAUUGAAUCACCAGAACGGUCACUUGUCUCCGUUCAAAUUCGCCAAAUUGUUCGAUCCAGAAGCUUCAUGGGACAAGGAUCAACUGGGUGAUGUCUUGCAUUGGAUCCGACAAGUCGUGGCCCUAGUUUGUGGGUUGCUAUGGGGAGCCAUACCUUUGGUUGGUGGUAUAUGGUUUAUGAUUUUUCUAGCGCUGUCAUCUGGAAUAAUAUACGGUUAUUAUGCAAUGAUACUAAAGGUUGAUGAAGAAGAUUUCGGUGGUCAUGGAGCUCUCCUUCAAGAAGGGUUGUUUGCUUCCGUAACUCUCUUUCUGCUUGCAUGGGUUCUGGUCUACAGCUUGGGCCACUUCUGAUAGGGCUAUCUAUUCAUCAUCAUCUAUAUCCGUUGAGGCAAAAAUUACAACUUAGAAGGCUGGAAGUGCUAGCUUAACAAACAAUGAGAAAGUUAAUUAAUUAGUCUUUAUUAGUUGUUCUUUGCUUUAUGAGUGUGCAUCAUGUGGAAAACUCGCAGAGCAGUGUGCUGUCCUCUGGUUUGUGGUAAAUAGGUGAUCCAACAAUUUUCUUCAUAAACUUUGGUGCAUCGUAGCAAAAUCAUAGCCUCCCUACAAUUGAGUAUCAAAAUUUUGAUUCUGUAACCUUAAAUAAGAGUGCCUAUGAGGACAUGCCCUUACAAUCUUCUUUUGUUAUUGUGAGUUUUCUUUUAUUCAAAUUUUUUAAGAAACAGUCAUUCAGCAGGAAAAAGUUGAUUCUGAACUCAGAUUGUCAUGUGAAAUUUACAAUAAUAGUCUGUUGUCUUUGUUUUAAA